AUGACGCAUAGCUUCUUUCGCACUCCAGGAGGAGGCCAUGAGCACCGAAUUCCGCCCAUCGUCCCAACAGAAAACCAGAAUACCAAGAAAAAAGAUGGAAAGGAGAACAAUAGACCACACUGGGCCCCCGAUACGGAUAAAAUUCUUCCCAAUACGAGCUUCGACUUCUGUACUGCUUUCUUUGACGUUCAGUCUACAGACUCAACGCAGACUCUGGCGGAGAAAUAUGGAGAAGUCAGAGAAUACCUAGGAGGUGGCGGUUGGGGAGAGGUACGGCUUGCUCACAAAUCGAUUAACGAAGACAUAUCUGCUACGAAGCCUUCUCACCAUUCCAAUACCCUUCCUUCAGAUCCUAAGCUCUUACGAGCUGCUCGUAAUCCUGGCAAAGAGAGUAUCGCGGCGGCGAAUACUUCUUGGGGCUCGGCAUACAAGGCUUUGACCAAAGCUCUCCAAGUUUUCGGUCGUGAAGUGAAGUCUGAUACGGCUGUCAUGGACAAGACGCGCCAGCAACACAAAUCUUCCGCCAAAGCUGCCGAAACCCUACGUUUGAAUCUCAAAGCGAAAUCAGAAACGCUUGUCGCAAUCAAGAUAUUCCGACCUACCGUGCCGCUCUCCAAAAUGAGUGAGGGGUUCCAAGUAAAGCAUCACUUGUACCGACCAGAUCAGGAGUACCUCGACAUGGCUCGACUCAACAAGUUUGAGAAGAAAAUGAGCAAAGAGUACUUUUGGAGUUGGGACUUGGAUCACCCAAAUGUCGUAAAGGCCUUAGACUUGAUGCGCGAUGAUAAAGGUCGCCUGUGUAUAGCGCUAGAGCUCUGUGGAGCCGGCUGCUUCUUGGACUCUGCCCGUAUGGGAGACAUCGACAGGCAGCCCCUCGAGAGAGAAGAAGCGGAUUGUUUCUUUAUGCAGUUCAUGCGUGGCUUGAGCUACUUGCACAGUCGUAAUAUCACUCAUUACGAUUUGAAGCUGAAUAAUCUCAUAUUAACGGUAAAUGGAUGUGUCAAGAUUGCCGACUUCGGACACUGCCUGAACUGGGCAACGAUGAUGAGGCUUCCUCGCGGACAUCGAAUAAGACCUGAAAGUCCACAAAUGCUACCCCCGCAGUGUUUUAACGACAGAAGAGAGCUGUUCGAUCCACGAACUUUGGAUAUUUGGGCAGCUGGGAUGAUCUAUAUCUUGUAG